AGGUCCGUGCCUUUUUGGUUGGACUCGCCACGCCUGAACGCGAAAUGGCGGCAGCAGCUGUGCUGGCAGAUGCCGCGGCCAAGGUGCUGUGCGAUGAUAAGGAGACGCGGCGGGGGAUUUGCGCGUCCUUGGGGAACCUCCGAGACCUAAGCGAGCAGCUCACAGCCAUCGACUCGAUGAGCGAGAAGGGUCUUGGCCUGCGGGUCUCGCGCGGCGCCUCUCCGGCGAUUCCACCGGCGACGCCGCUUGCACCAAGCCCAAAAGCGCCAGGCACGCCGGCCUCGCUGCCGGGGACGCCGUUCAUUCUCUGGUCGCCCAUCGUUGACGCCCACAUCGUGAUACGGGACGUCAAGGAGUUGCAGGGUACGGACCGCAGCAAGCUGCUCUUGGAGGCGAGGGAGAUGAGACCCUCCACUUCCUUACCGCUGCUCAAGGAACGGAAGGAACCCUCCGAGUUCGGAGCGCCGAUUCAGGACUCCCGGGACUCGGACUUUGGCUCCGCGCGCAAGAAGGCCCAGGUCGGGGGCGACGGCGCGGCGGCCUUGCGGCGCAGCGCGCUGAACAUGGGGCUCCCAGCCCAGCUGACUACCACCUACAACGCCCAGUGCCAGGUGCCGGUGCAGAAGGCGGUGGACCCAAAGUGGUCCACCGAUCUGAAACGCGCCGACCGGCGGAACGCCCAGCGCAUCCAGUACGAGAACCGCCUGUCCGCGGCCACCCCAGGCUCUAUCUCGCCGGAGGUGCACUUUCUGGUCAAGCACCACUGAGCCCUGCGGAAUGCGGGCUGUCCUUGGCAUGGCCAGGCGGAACAAAAAACAACAGCGAAGA